AUGUAUGGCAAAUGCAGCGAUGUAAGUAGCGCAAGAUCUGUUUUCAAUCAUAGCACCAAGAACAAAGAUUUAAUGAUGUAUAGUGCCAUGAUUUUGGCUUAUGCAAAAGCUAAUUAUAUAAAUGAGGCAUUUGAUAUAUUUGCUCAGAUGACUGGAUGUGGAAUUAAACCAAAUGAGAUAACCAUGGUGUGCCUCCUUUCGCUAUGUGCAAAAUCUGGAUCACUUAAAAUGGGUAAGUGGAUACAUUCUUACUUAGACAAACAAGGAACCAAAGCAGAUAUGAUUCUGAAAACUUCUUUGGUGGACAUGUAUUCUAAGUGUGGAGACAUAGAUACAGCUUAUGGACUAUUCAUCAAGGCCAACGACCGAGAUAUUUCUAUGUGGAAUGCCAUGAUAUCUGGUUUUGCAAUGCAUGGUCAUGGUAAUUCAGCAUUGGAACUCUUUGCUGAAAUGGAAGCACUAGGAGUUAUCCCUAAUGACAUAACAUUCAUUGCAGUUCUUCAUGCUUGUAGCCAUGCCGGAUUGGUUCAAGAAGGGAAGAGGCUGUUUUGCAUAAUGGUUAAUGAAUUCAGUUUGGUCCCAAAGAUUGAAUACUAUGGAUGUAUGGUAGACCUUCUCGGUCGAGCAGGAUCACUCGAAGAAGCUCAAGAACUAAUUAAGGACAUGCUUAUGAGGCCAAACUCGGCCGUAUUGAGAUCUUUUCUUGCUGCUUGCAAAAUUCACAAAAAUGUGAACCUUGUUGAAUGGGCUGCAAAACAGUUUCUAUCAUUAGAAUCCAAAAAAUGUGGAUAUAAUGUCCUAAUGUCAAACAUCUAUGCUGCAUCAAACAGAUGGGAAAAUAUUGCUGAUAUAAGAAGAGCUAUGAAGGAUGCAGGGAUUCAUAAAGAACCAGGUUUUAGCUCCAUUGAAGUGCAUAGAAUGAUUCAUGAAUUUGUAACGGGAGAUAGAAAACACCCAGAAACACCAAAGAUUUAUGAAAUGAUUGCUGAGAUGAGAGAAAAGCUAGAACAUGCUGGAUACACUUCAAAUGUAUCUGUUGUUCUGAAGAACAUAGAUAUGGAGGAAAAAGAGAGUGCAGUAAAUUAUCACAGUGAAAAACUUGCAAUGGCUUAUGGUUUGAUUAGCACAGGUCCUGGAAUUCAGCUUCGGAUUUUGAAGAAUCUCCUAACUUUAACUGUAGAUAGCAAAAUAUUUCAUAUAACAGAGAUGCAUGAUAAGAUCAUAACGAUAAACACGAAAAGUCUGGAGAUAGAAUAUGUAAAUUCUUCUAUGAAACUUAACAACAACAAACAAAAUAGUGUUGUGAUAGUAUUUUCUAAAAGAGACAAGUAA